CAGCGCCCCGCCCGCCCGCGGCUCCCCAGCCCCUGGCCGGGAGGUAGGAAGGCGCCGGCGGGAGUCGGGGAUCCUGCUUUGGGGCCCAGAUGGGGGAACCCCGGGCUGGGGCCCCCCUGGAUGAUGGCAGCGGCUGGACGGGCAGUGAGGAAGGCAGUGAGGAGGGUACCGGCGGCAGUGAGGGGGCCGGGGGUGAUGGGGGCCCGGAUGCAGAGGGGGUGUGGAGUCCAGACAUUGAGCAGAGCUUCCAGGAAGCCCUGGCCAUCUACCCACCCUGCGGCCGCCGGAAAAUUAUUUUGUCCGAUGAAGGCAAGAUGUAUGGUCGGAAUGAACUGAUUGCCCGCUACAUCAAGCUGAGAACGGGGAAGACCCGAACUCGAAAACAGGUUUCUAGUCACAUCCAAGUUUUGGCCCGAAGGAAAUCGAGGGAAAUACAGUCCAAGUUGAAGGCACUGAAUGUGGACCAGGUUUCCAAGGACAAGGCUUUCCAGACAAUGGCGACCAUGUCCUCUGCCCAGCUCAUCUCUGCACCUUCCCUGCAGGCCAAACUGGGUCCCACCGGGCCUCAGGCCUCUGAGCUUUUCCAGUUUUGGUCUGGGGGCUCUGGGCCCCCCUGGAAUGUUCCAGAUGUGAAGCCAUUCUCACAGACACCGUUCUCCUUGUCACUGACUCCCCCAUCUACUGACCUCCCAGGGUACGAGCCCCCCCAAGCCCUCUCACCCCUGCCUCCACCUGCCCCAUCGCCCCCAGCCUGGCAGGCUCGGGCCCUGGGCACUGCCCGGUUGCAGCUGGUAGAGUUCUCAGCCUUUGUGGAACCGCCGGAUGCAGUUGAUUCUUACCAGAGGCACCUGUUCGUGCACAUCAGCCAGCACUGCCCCAGCCCCGGAGCGCCGCCGCUCGAGAGCGUGGACGUCCGGCAGAUCUAUGACAAAUUCCCCGAGAAAAAGGGUGGCCUCCGGGAGCUGUAUGAUCGUGGGCCCCCCCAUGCAUUCUUCCUGGUCAAGUUCUGGGCGGACCUGAACUGGGGCCCAAGUGGCGAGGAGGCGGGGGCCGGUGGCAGUAGCAGCAGUGGUGGCUUCUAUGGAGUGAGCAGCCAGUAUGAGAGCCUGGAACACAUGACCCUCACCUGUUCCUCCAAGGUCUGCUCCUUUGGCAAGCAGGUGGUGGAGAAGGUGGAGACGGAACGGGCCCAGCUGGAGGACGGGAGAUUUGUGUACCGCCUGCUACGUUCGCCCAUGUGCGAGUACCUGGUGAAUUUCUUGCACAAGUUGCGGCAGCUGCCUGAGCGAUACAUGAUGAACAGCGUCCUGGAGAACUUCACCAUCCUGCAGGUGGUGACAAACAGAGACACCCAGGAACUGCUGCUGUGCACCGCCUAUGUCUUCGAGGUCUCCACCAGUGAGCGUGGGGCCCAGCACCACAUUUACCGCCUGGUCAGGGACUGACCCAGAACUGGCUCACCCCCAGAACACCUUCCUACCAGGGAAUGUCCUCCAGCUCACCUCGUGCUUCUUAUUUGGGGAGGGGGCUGGGACGUGAAGGGGCUGACCUCAGAGGCCUAAGCAACUGGGGUGGUCCUUCCUUAAUAGGGCCCCCUAUUUGUUAGAGGGGUCCCCAAAACUUGGAGAGUUGCACUGGCUGGGACUGAGGAAAGGAUAAACCCCGAUAUUGGGACCUCACAGUGGGUGUCUGAUAGGACAGAUCACUCCAGAGUAUCAGGGAUUCUGGGGACAGGAGUGAGACAACCCCCAGGUACAGCACUGGCUUCUCAGCCCCUGGCAGGGCCCCCCCCCCACUCCUCUGCAUGUCUUAGAGGGCCCUAGUUACACAUUUGCUUGUCCCCUUUACUUUUUCCCAGCCACCCCUCCCCCUGAAAUUUCUGCCUCUCCCUGCCACUCCCACUCCAUGACCUGUGAGAUCACAAAGUGAAGAUUAACCCUUUUGUGCAGGAGCAGAGCCAGGUGGGCCCUGAAAGUAUUUUUUUUUAAUAUAGCAAGAUAUUUAUAAGGGGGUGCUAGGGACUUGACUUUAUCUCAGCUGCACAAGCAGUGGGGUGAAGCUUUCUAAUCUCAUUCCCCCCUCCUUCUAAGUGAGCCACAAGCUACUCUUUCCUCCCUCCCCUCUCAAAGUUUGGUUUGUGUUCCGACAGAGGAUAAAGCUAUUUUACCAAAAA